AUGUCAUCAUCUAGGAAAUCUACUCCAACACCUAAAAUUAAAAAGGAGAAUACUAUGCAUAAUGAAGGAACUAAUAUAAACAAUUCAAUACGGGAAAAGAAUUUACAAAAUUCAUCAAAUAAUAUCAAAAAAGAAGAAAUUGAAAAUUCAACAUCAUUACCAGCAUCAUCGUCAUCAUCCGUACCAAUUGCAUUUAAAAAUUCAAAUAAGCAUCAAAAAAUUCUACCGGAUAAUUAUUAUUCUUUAAAAUCAUGUAAUCAUUUAAAUCAAGUAUUGAAAUCAAAAGCUUCAAAAACAGUAUUUGAUACUUAUAAACAAGCAGUUAAAAUAUCACAACCAAUAAUUAACUCAAAUACUUACAAAUUGAAACAAAAUAAUUCAAUAAUUGAUCAAUAUAAAUUAAAAUUAAAAAAAAAUCAAAGUUUAAAAUGUAGUGAUUGUUCAAUUACAAAUUUUCAACAAAAUAUGAUAUGUUUACAAUGUCCUCAUAUUGGUUGUGAUUUACAUUCUUUUAAUCAUUACAAAGCUACUCAACAUAUGUUUGCAAUUGAUUCGAAAUACGGAUUAUUAUAUUGUUUUAAGUGUAAUAAUUAUAUUAAUCAUCCUAAAUUAGAAAGAAUUAGAUCAAAAGUAGUGAUUAAUAAUUAUAAUGGUGAUGAGGACGAUGAUGAUUCUAAUGACAAUGACAAUGACAAAGACAAUGACAACGAUAAUGAAGUUAAUGAUAAUGAAAAUAAUGAAUUUCAAAAUGAAAAUUAUACAAAUCCAAAUAAAUUAUCAAUAUUAGGAUUAAAAGGAUUUGUAAAUUUAGGAGCUACAUGUUUUAUGAGUUCCAUAUUACAAACAUUUAUACAUAAUCCAUUAAUUAAAAAUCAAUUUUUUAAUAAUGAUUUACAUUAUUUUAAUUGUAAUCAUUUGAAAAAUCAAGAAAUUCAUGGAAUUAUUAAUGAAAAAAAUGCAUGUAUUACAUGUAGUAUUGAUUCAAUUUUUAAAAAAUUUUUUACAACAACAAAUAAUGAAGGGUUUGGAAUGACUAAUUUAUUAACUACUUCUUGGUAUAAACAAAAAUCUUUAGCUGGAUUUCAAGAACAAGAUGCUCAUGAAUUUUGGCAAUUUUUAUUGAAUGAAUUUCAUCAAGAUUAUCAAAGAGUGAUGGUGACACAAAAACAAGUUACACAAAAUGGAGAAGUUAAUGGGAGUAGUAGUAGUGAUAGUAAUGGGUCAACUAAUGGAGCUACUAAUAGUAAUGGACACACAGACGAUAUUAAUGAUUCAAUGGAUAUUGAUCAUGAACAUAAUACAUCAAGAUCAAGAAAUGGAUCUAUUAUAAAUUUAGAUUCAAAAGGAUGUAAAUGUAUAACCCAUUCAACUUUUUCAUUUGAAUUACAAAGUUGUGUUAAAUGUAAUUCAUGUAAAUCAAUAACAGAAACAGUUGAUCCAAUGAUAGAUAUAUCAUUAGAAAUUAAUCAUUUGAAUCAAUCACAACCAGAAAGUAAAAUAAAUUUAUAUGAUUGUUUAAAUCUUUUCACUCAAGAAGAAAAAUUAGAUUCAAUGAUAAAAUGUAAAAUUUGUCAAAAUAAAUCAAAAGCAACAAAGACUUUAAAAUUAAAAAAUUUAUCACCCAUUUUGUCAAUUCAAUUAAAAAGAUUUAAUCAUAAUAUUUUAAAUGAUAUAAGUUCAAAAAUUGAAACUCCAGUUGAAAUUCCUUUAUAUUUAGAUUUAUCAAGAUAUUUAAGUGAAGAAGAUUCAAAUAAAGAAAAUCAAAAAGGAGAACAACAACAGCAAACACAACAAUCAAAUCAAUUUUUUGAAUUAUUUUCAAUUGUUUGUCAUAUUGGAUCAGUAAAUACAGGACAUUAUAUAGUUUAUAUAAAAAAUUUUCAAAAUUUAUGGUUUAAAUUUGAUGAUAGUGUUAUUUCAAUAGUUGAUCAAAUAGAUGUUAUAAAUUCAAAUGCAUAUUUAUUAUAUUAUAUAGUUCAUAAUAUAUAA